AUGUGCCAUACAUGCACUGUCUGUGUACAUGAGAGGCAACCACUUCACAGAAUGGAGUGUUGGAACGGUACUUCAUUUCAGGUCACCACAUUGAAGGCCUUGGGAGUCUGCUUCCAACUUGGGCAUCCCAUUGGCAUUCGAUGUAUCAAUCCAAUGUCUGCAUCCAACAAUGACUUUGUCAUCCUUGACUGCAAUGGUGUCCAUGAAGUCAGACUUGAUUUCUGCGGAUGUGAGUCUGCUCAGCCACACAUUACCCAAUUGCUACGUGUUUGCCUCUUUCCCUCAACUACAACAGACCCUAAAUCAGCUGCCACAUUUCGUGUGCUGGAAUAUUUUCAAAUGCUGUCCUUCGAAUCUAAAGCCUCAGUAUGGGAAUUUUAUAAUACCGUUGCUCGCCUCACAGAUAACAUGGGUAUCUGGGUUCCAAAGGAUUGUUAUGAGUCUUUCCUCCGAAUGAUCCGUGAAUGGCGCUUCAUAAUGCAACUGAAACACUGCGGCCAGGGUCAUCAUCCUGGAGGCAUUAAGAAAAUAGAAGCAGGCACUUGCACUGUCUUAUGCCCUGCCUGUCCCCACCCAAGCAAAAAUUUACCUGUUGGGUGGGAAAACACACCACUGGAAUUCCAAUUUUUGUAUGCGUUAUUCCUGGCUAUUGACGCGAAUUUCCGACUCGUUCUCUGUAAUGUAUCAUCAGAUGCCAUUGAUCUCGGACUGAAUCGUGGAUAUGCAUUUUUGGUGGGCAAUGCCCAGGAGAAGAGCACAUGUUCUAGCCACUCUGCAGUCAGCCUGGCGGAUACAAAGGCUUCACAUGGACUUGCAGCAACAGGUGCAGAAACCAUUGAUUGUGCAUGGCACAAUUUUAAAUGCCCUUGUUCAGUUGGCAAUUUGCAAAAUGGGGAGAGGUACAUCAACAUGGAUUAUCUGUUUUUUUCAAGCAUGUGUUCUUCACACAGCGUUCACGUCCUCAACAUAUCUUACGACAUUGCCUGCCAAUGGAACAAAAAUCUUUGGUCGUGCAUGUCAGCAUUCCCACACAAAUAUCAUAUCAACCACAACGAAAAGAUCAUUACAUUCCUUGUACCUAAAUUUCACCUACCAGUGCACAUUGCUCAUUGUCAAACCAGGUUCUCAUUCAACUUUAUCAAGGGUGUUGGGCAGACGGAUGGCGAAGCUCCGGAGCAUGGGUGGGCAGAUAUUAACCCUCUUGCUACAAGCACCAUUCUUCUCCGAAAAUAUAAGGCCACGGUACCUGAGGCUGAAGAACGUGCUCAUGAUCUUGACAAAUUCGAGGCUGCCCUUGAUGCAGACCAAUUAGCUGGGUGGAGAACAGAUAUUGAGAUGUGGGAGUUGGACUGCUCUUUGCCAAACUCAUUCAAAGUGAAGGCGGGGGCUAUGGUGACCCAGGCUGCCAUGCAUCUGGCAUUAUCAAAGACCGAGGCAGAAGAAAUCGAGCAUGGUGAACACAUGUCCCUGGACGAUGAUGUAUCACCAUUGGUCCUUAUCUCAUUGGGUAUAGAACUAGAGGGUCAGCACAUCGGACAGCAUGCCAUGGAUACUCAAAAAGCCAAGAUACUUCAGCACAUCAAUAUCCUCCACCGCAGAAUUGAUACCUGGUCCUGUGACAAGGUCCACAAGAUUAAUCUUUUUCUUCCUUCUUCGCUACCCUCGAGCCUCCCAUGUGACGUUCACUUGCUAAGGUAUGAAUGGGAUUUACGUGAAGCCCAAGCAAAUGAUGCUCUCAGCGACCUCCACACUGUCAUCAAUAUGACCUACCACCUGUACAACCAAAUCAAUGCAAUAUUGGUCGAGUACACUACUGCCAGAGAUGUGCUUGUAAUACUUGCAUCAAAACUUGGUAAGAAUGAUGAUUGGCAGCGGAUAUUGAAGCCACUGGACAGGACGAAGGAUGCAGUCCCUCUCAAACACGAUGAAGGGAAGACAGUCAGCCAACAGAAUAUUUCAUGGAUAUGGAAAAUGGCUGGGGUAUCCAACAAUCAGGAGGAAGGACUACAGGAUUCACUACACGUGGAAUGGUGUAAGGUGAGGGCUCGAGCUCACCGGUGGGAGGAGGAAGUUCUGCUUUUGCAUCAGGAAAUGUGCUGUGUUCUUGCUUUCUUUGAGUGGCAGGCUGGAUGGUGGGAUACGCAAGGCACACAACGCCAAUUUGUCUCACAUGAGUUCAUGGAGGGGGCACUUGCAUAUGCACAUCACCAGGCUACACUACAUCACAGAAUGUCUACACACUUCAGGUACAACACCAGGCUGAUAUAUCAUGUAAUGGAAUGCUGGAUAGACAGAACGCGGAAGUGA